AUGUGUUUUGGAAGAGAGAUGAGAUGCCAUAUUUUAUAUAUAAAGGACACCAUAUUUGUGGAGAAGGUGUGCAUAAGUUCAGUAUUAAGGAGGAGAGUAUGAACGAGAAGCACGAAGCAACGUUACGAGAUUUUCUUUACAUAAACACGAAGAGAACGGAAUGGGAGAAAGUAAUUAAGAAGUAUGAGAAACACCCAGAAGCUCAAGGGUUGAAGCUGACCCGAAAUGGCGACACCGCGCUGCAUUUGGCUGUUCUUGACAAUCGGGAAGAAAUGGUGCAAAAGCUUGUGAACCGCAUAAAAGACAGUAAGCGCGAUGAACUUCUUGAGACUACAAAUGACAGGAAAGAAAAUCCUCUCCACCUUGCUGCGCAGAUGGGGAGCGCCACAAUGUGCUACGCCAUUGCUUCAGCCCAUCACAAGUUGGUAGAAAAGAGAAACAAAAUCGACGAAACACCUCUGUACUUGGCGGCUGCGUCUGGCAACAGGGACGCCUUUUUUUGCCUUUACCAUUUUUGCAGAGACCUCGACUCUGGAAUCACCGCCAACUGUAGAUUGUCGAGCAAUGGAGACACCGUGCUACAUUCAGCCCUCCGAAACGAUCACUUUGAUUUGGCAUUUCAUAUACUUCACCUGCACAAUGAGGCCAUGCACUGGGUGACCAAGGAUGGCGUGACGCCUCUCCAUGUUCUAGCGAGUAAGCCAACAGCCUUCAAAAGUGGAAGCCAAAUCAGGGGAUGGCGGAACAUCGCGUAUUACUGCACACAUGUGGAUCAACUAAACCCUCAACCAAUAGACUCCCUUAUCAGAGACUGGAUCGACCGUAUGUCCAACCCAAACACUUCUACUCCCUGUUUUCCGGCUAACUACGAGACAUGCAUCGACUUCUUCACAUGGGUGUGGGAUGGAUUUUUAAAAGGCAGCGGUUUGAAACGAAUAUGCCACGAUUUCAAAAAUGAUGAAUCGAAGAAGGAUACAGAUGAUGCGGGGAGAAAUAUUAUGGUGGAAGGUGGUGAAAGUUCGGAGGCUGCUGAACCCCACCAACGUCUGGAUACUCAACUUCUUAAAGCUCAUGGAUUGGCGAAGGAGGCCUCAAUUACAAAUGUCCCCCGAAACUACAAUACCUGCAUCCACUUUUUUCAAAUUGUUUUCUCGGCCAUCUUGAUCAGUCUUGGGUGGGGAUCUGCUGAAUUCAAAAAGAUACGGAGGCAGAAAGAGAAACACACUUGGUCAGUUCAAGUGAUGGAGAAGCUUCUUGAAUAUGCUGCACCCGAUGAAUAUGACUGCAACGGAGGAAUUCCCAUGGAUUCAACUUCUCAAACACCCGACCAAGCUGGUGUUACGCUUCCUUACUCCUUCCAAGAUGAUGACGUCCUGUUCAGUGUUCACAUUGAGAGUAAACCAACAGAAGCAGAGAAGCCAAAGCCAAAGGAUUUCCAAGCACCAGAGACACCAAUGUUAUUAGCAGCAAAGAAUGGAGUGAUUGAGAUUGUGAAGGGAAUGUUCUGUCGUUUUCCGUUGUCCAUCUAUGAUGCUGGGAAAGAUAAGAAGAACGUGGUGCUGUUGGCUGCCGAGUAUGGACAGCCGGACGUGUACAGAUUUUUACUCAGCCCCAAAGUUUACAAAGAAAACCUGUUUCGAGCCGUGGAUGAUAAUGGGAACAGUGCGCUGCAUCUGGCAGCCGCCGCCUCAAAGUCCAUGAUUUGGCGCAUCACCGGAGCUGCGCUGCAGAUGCAAUGGGAAAUUAAGUGGUAUAAGUUCGUUGAGGAGUCUGUGCCGCUCUACUUCUUUGCCCACUAUAACAAGGAAGGAAAGAAUGCGACCGCAAUCUUCCAUGAAACCCACAUGGAUCUGGUGCAAAAAAGCGGAGACUGGCUGAUUAAGACCUCCAAGUCCUGCUCUGUGGUGGGUGCCCUGAUUGUAACCGUAGCAUUUACUUCCGUUGCCAGCAUCCCAGGUGGGUUUAACCCCCGCGACGGCUCCCCAUUCCUUCAAGAUCGGGAAGCCUUUUUUACGUUCGCCCUUUUUUCCCUCAUCGCCCUCUGCCUCUCUUCAACCUCAGUCACCAUCUUUCUUGCCAUCCUCACCCAUCGCUUUGACGCCAAUGACUUCAGAACAAACUUGCCUUGGAAACUCUUCAUCGGCUUUUCCUCGCUUUUCGGUUCCAUCAUCUCCAUGUUGAUUUCCUUUUGUGCGGGCCACUACUUUCUGAUGCAUCGACACAUUCCACAUCACGCUGCUUUGCUCUACACCAUUGUUCUUGUCCCCGUCGCAUUAAUCUUCAUUAUAUCCAAGCUUCCUCUCUACAUAGAUGUGGUGCAGGCUAUUUUCAAAAUAGUGCCCAAAAGGAGCGCCCAUGUCGUCCUAUCUGAUCCGCUACCGCUCCACACUCCUUCCGUUAAACCUUUCCGAAAAGGAAAAUUUGAGGUAACGUCGACCGCUAUGGAGGAUUCUGACGCCUUUUCACCUUCAACCCCAUUGUCGAUCCUCGCGCCCACCGCCCAAGGUUCGUAUCCUCUCCUCUUCUUCCUUCCUGGCUGCGCCGCCGAAUACGACUACUCCCAUUUCCUCCAGCGUAUAGCUUCACAAGGGUUGGUUAUAGUUUGCCCACUACAGAUGAGAGCGAAGGCAACAAGGAGUGAAGCCAACGAAACAUCACAAUUUAAAACUUGGGACGCGGCAGACCGAGAAAUGGUGGAGGAAAGGCUAUCAGGAGUGGUGGCAGAGUUGAAAGGAGGGAAAACAAAAUCAUGGUCGUUAGCUUUAGGCUACGACCGCCCUUGGAAUCCACUUUCAGGGGUGAUUGGGUUGGAGCCUGUGCCCGGGACCAAAUUCCGCAUCCGAGAGUCUGAGAUUCAGACCUACCUGGACCACCAACCCUCCAACAUAUCCGGAGGCCCAGUUGUUGAAAGUCAACUUGUAGUUUCCAAGUUAUGCGGAACUGUAAAACAGUUGGUUUCCGAGGAGUCUUCUUCUUGAUUCCUUCUGAGACUUGGUUUUUAAAACAUGAAAUGAAAGAUUAUGUAUUUUGGUUUCAAUAAAUUUGGUAUCUAUAACGGCUUAAGA